AGGACGCGUAGCUCGGCGCUGGGACUGGUUCUUUCGCAGCCAUUUUCUGUCCAACCAACGGCCGUUUUGAGAAGGUAACCAACCAGUGCUUCAUCGCAGGUUUGUGCCUGGCUCCGGCCAAUGAUUGCUAACCAAUUCCUCGUUAGCUCGAAUGGAAAUGUCCGUCUCUGACUGAUUUGUAUUUUUUGCGUGAAGGAUUGUUUGCGAGCAGGAAGUAUCUAGUAAAAAUGAUGAAUUAGCUUCAUUUCAUGCCAUGUAUCCCUGCCUCAGUUUUCGAUACAAAGAACAGGCCGGAAUUCGAACUCCCGAUAUGGAAUUUCAUUGUGAACAGAGAGGUCUUGCAAUAAGACAACCCAUGUGGCUACAGGAUAACGUUAAAUUGUACCCAGAAUGGUUUCGUUGCAACAAUAGUCGUUGAUUAGUCAAUCAAAAUGUGUGAGGGUCAAAUGGCUAGCUAACUAAAGCUAUUGCUUCCUUUGUCCAAAUUAUAUUUUGCAAGAAAUAUUUGAUAGCUAACGUUAGCUAGCUAGCUUCCCAUUUAGCAAACAACCACUCACUUGGCCAGCGAAAUUAACUAAUUUGGUAGAACACUUAGCCAGCUAGCUAAACUAUACAUUAUUGUUUAGCUAGCUGCCCAGUCAAUAGUACGUGCCUUUCAACAAUUCAGCUAUUUGAGUCAAACCAUGUAGUCCUUUGUUCCAGAUGGAAGAAGACCGUUCCACCACCGACGCCUCCCAGCUAACGUUAGGGCUCUCUGGAGAAUACAUGUCAGGAGGAUAUGUACUCCAGUCUCAAGAUGGUAAGGGGCAUCAGCUGAUAAAUUCAACCCUAAUUGGGGAACCAGGUGUGGGUGUAUCAUGAAUAGAAAUCCCCCAAUCAAAAUGUACUGUAGCUAGGUUCAUCACAUUCUCUCAAUCUCAAUGCAACAGUGUCAGUAGCGAAUGCAUCAAUCAAUGAUCCAUGUUUUCCAUUUAAUAAUAUGUGUGAUGAAGAUGAUGGAGAGGAGAGUCUGAACGACCAUGAGGACGGGGGCAUGAAGGAGAACUUCCGGGAGCAGGAUAUCUACCUCCCCAUCGCUAACGUGGCACGCAUCAUGAAGAACGGCAUCCCACAGACCGGGAAGGUAACCAUGGUGUGUGUGUGUGUGUGUAGGCUGUGUGAGAGCAAGACGUUUGUCGUAUUCAUUAUUGCACACCGUAGUAAAACGUUUAGUAACAUCCUCAUCCUAUUCCUCUUUGUCCUAAAUUGUGUGUCACACAGAUAGCGAAAGACGCCAAAGAGUGUGUGCAGGAGUGUGUCAGCGAGUUCAUCAGCUUCAUCACGUCGGAGGCCAGCGAGCGCUGCCACCAGGAGAAAAGGAAGACCAUCAAUGGAGAGGACAUCCUGUUUGCCAUGUCAACCCUGGGCUUCGACAUGUACGUGGAGCCCCUCAAACUCUACCUGCAGAAGUUCAGAGAGGUAUGACUAAACACACUUCUUCUGUUCUGACAAUUAGUCUCACACACAGUCACAAGUGUCCAUGAACAAACGCACAAUUGCACAUCACAUGCUAUUUCAUCUCUCACAAUACGUUGUUGUUUCCUAGGCGAUGAAGGGGGAGAAGGGAAUCCCAGGUGUGUCGGUGGGAGAAGGCCUGGGGGAGGAGCUUACAGACGACAGCUUCAGUAAGUGGUUCAGAACAGUUCUCAAUUUUGUCAUCUCAUACUAAAGUAGAGGCAUUAGUCAUGCAUGCAUACAUAUGUAAAAUGUAUGCACGCAUGACUAAGUCGCUUUGGAUAAAAGCGUCUGCUAAAUGGCAUAUUAUAUUGUGCUGUGGACGGUUUUGUAACGUCCUCUUCCCUCCAUUCCAGCUAAUCAACUGCCAGCCGGAAUAAUAACAGCCGACGGCCAACAGCAGAACGUCAUGGUGUACACCACCUCAUAUCAACAGGUAAGUGACAUCAGAAAUUUGAACCAGAACUAAACCAUUACGAUAUAUCCAUGACCGUUCUCUCCAUUACCUCUGUUUGCUCCUGUAGAUUCCUGGCGUGCAGCAGAUCCAGUUCUCAUGACGAGGCCUUGCUCCUGCUCUGACCGCGGCGGCCAUCGACCGCACAGACACAGGCCUGGCGACCAUAGGCUAACCAUAGGCUGAGCGUAUGACCCCACCGUCAAAAGCAAUCAUCAGAUGGACAGGAGGCCUUGGAGUUGGGCUGUUAUGGGUGGGAGGGGAUGUUGUGGUUGACACAACCCUGUCAUGCAAAUGUACAAGUCUGUUCUCUAAAUGUAGUACGUAGUCAUGAGAUGCCACAAGGUUUAGAGUGCAUCUUUCAACCAGUUUGGGAUACUUUAUUUUUUAUGCUUUUCGGACCAGAUAGUUUGUUUUUGUACAUUAAUUGUUUUAUGCAGGUUUGGGAGGGGAAUCGGGUGGAAUGGGACGUUUGUUUUUUAGCUAACUUUUUUUUUUUUUUAUGAGGAGAGGUGCCCUUAAUGUCAGCUCUUUUCUAAUUGGACAAACUAGUACCAUGUGCUUUAAUGUGACAUAAAUCCUUUGAAUAAAAAUCCAAGUGACCCAAUAA